AUGGCGGCGGCUGCUGAGCAGACAAACCCUCAGGCAGCUUCGUCCACACCGGGCCCGGGUCAAGGCAACAACAUUAUCCGUCAGUCGCUUGAUGGAGAAGGCCAUGUUUCUCGUGCCCGCGGUUUUGCAGAAGAGUCCGCUCACAAACAACACCAAAAACUCGUUCUACCGGACCCUGUUGCGUUCCGUUACCUGGAGGAGGAUCCCUCGACCACCGUGUUGCAUCGACGGACGAUAUUGCAGGGCUACGAGAUAUACAUUGUCGAGCAAUGGGCUUGCUCUAGAGUUCAUCCGACAUUUAUCAUCACAACAUAUACUGGGGAUCCCUCACACCGAGUGGUAGUUGGGGUUCUCAGUGUGCCGACCGAUAGAAAUGCCUGGUCGCCGCGGUUGAAACUCUACUUCCACGCCGUGGAGCAAUACCAUGCAGGCUGGAGAGACACGGAUCUGGGGAGCCUUAUGGUGACCAAUUUGAGCUCUUUUCCGUCGGCCCUUACUGUCGUUCCGGUCCCAGACGGUGAUGUCAAGAAGCAUACAGAGGAGUUUAUCGUCAAUGAAAAUCUGAAAAGGCUCGGUUGCUCAGGGAGGGCCGGAUUGAAGCUGCAACCUCCUUCCCUCGUCGUAGAGGCCAAGUUUCACCAGCUCUACCGGACCAGUGAGCGGGUCCCCCUGAAUACGGCGGUGGUGGAACUGGUGAAGCAAUGCCAGAUUGCGCUUACCAUCUUUGACAAGCUUGCGCCUGAAUAUGUAGACGGCCUCCUAUGUGAUGUGACAGAGAGGGCAAUAAGCGAUUGGUGGGCGGACAUUGGAACAGACCUUUACAACAUUGAACCGAGUGAUGGUACCCUUGGACCAACGACCGUCUCCGCACUACUAGGCACGUUUAUGGGGGCUCGCAAUCGACUCCAUGCCUUUGGGGCUCCCGUCCCCAAGGAUGUCUUUGAUGUUUCCGCUCUCAAAAGAGGAAUUGGGAGCUUCCAGAAAUCACAGAAGAUGGAACGGACGCGGAGACUGGAUCGCCAGACUCUGGACAGGCUCCAUCGCGUAACGGCCAAAGCAGCAAGUUCAGAAGGCUGGACCGAAGCCGUAAAGUCCACUGUGGCAGAACUGAGCGGGAAGGGAGGCGAGAUGGUCAUGGGCAUGGUAGGAGGUCGAGAUAAGGGCUCCAUCGCCGACAUUGAGACCCUUGAUCUGGAACGUUACGCACAACUGGUCACCGGAGAAAGGUCCAAAUGGCUCUGGCAGGGUAAACCUCCCAAAACCGGGUUCACCCAUGGACACGAGAACGUCCCAAGAGCCGAAGAUCUGGUAUUUACGAAAGAUGACCAGGGAGGCUAUGUUUGGACAAGUCGGAAGCGACGUCCCGACUUCGACCCCACCGCCAACCGUGUUGUGCAAGAUUUAGAGCGUUCGGGGAAGCCCACCGAUUCAGAGCCGCCCGAGGACCGAGAUCAAUUUGGAAAGAUAGUGUCGAGGAGUCUUACCGGUAAGGUUUCAGACGCUCGUGCUGGGUUUGGUAGAUUCAAAGAUGCUGUCGGACUACCCGGUCUCCGGUCCCAUCAUCAUCACAAGCAUAAUAAAGAUGGUGUUGACCUAGAAAGCGACCUUGCCUAUCACACUGGGAUCGACAGUGAAGCUGAAACGCCCGUUUCCAAAAGCCUAAAAGAACCAACGGCAGAGCAUGAGGAGAGUAGCAAGAAAGAUACCCAGAACGGUCCAGCAGAAGAUCUCUCGAAGCCGUCAUCGACUUCUCAAUCGCAAAAAUCGGUCCCUCCCCCUCCGGAGAUACAUGUUCAACCAGAGGACUCGUUGGAAGAAACGCCCAUAUCGCCCUCUUACGCAGUUUCUCAAGAUCCAAAACUACAAUUCUCUCCACAGGAAGAGGGCGAGAACAGUCUUUCUCUGUCCAAGUCACGAUCGACCGAAGCCCCAAGUGACCAGGUGCAAUUGCAAGGGUUGGCAUUCAAGUCUCUCCGCCGCUCUCAAAGCACUCCCCAGCUAGUCCCCGAAGAGCGGGUCAAGUCGUGUGACGCGCGUUGGCCUCGACAUCUGUCUUUCAGCACGGUGGAAGAAGUGGUGCUUGUUUGGGAAGGUUUCCGUACGCCGCAAAUCAAAAAGGGUGCUACGACGAAUUUAGAGAGCGCAAUUCUCCAAGAGGACGCAUUGUUCUCCGAUGCGCAGAUCUUCGGUUCUAGGGUGUUGGAAUUGAAAGAUAAGACUGCGCCUUGGGUGGAGCAGCAGGUCGACUCCGUUGAAUAUCUGCAUCGCAAGGCCAACUCUCUGCAGGAGGAAUUGAGCUUCGUCUACCCAGAACGCUUUGAAGAAUAUCAGUCCCUCAGGGAGCGGAUGAGUCAGUUGCUCGGAGAAGAGGGUUCGCAACUCACAGAAGGGUUGAAAAAGGUCGAAUUGCUAGGCGCCAAGCUCGACUACGAGCUGAAUGUUCUCGAGUCCAAAGUUGAAGACGUCGAACAAGGCCUGCAAGAGUUCGAGCGACAUGUGGAUGAGAUCGAGACGAGGGUCAAAGACUUAGUCCAAGGAGAACGAAAAAAGGAUACCUCCUGGUUCUCUUGGGUUGGAAGGAAAUUCGGUCGCAUGUGA